AUGGCCUCGAGCAACAAAGGCAAGCAAACGCUAGAAGAUCACUAUGCUGCCCUCAAUCUACAGAACGAUGAUGACGAAGAGGUGGACCUCCCUUUCGGAGAACUGAACAUGGAAGAUCCUGAGGUUGAGUCAUUCAUGCUGGUGGGAACUCUCAUCACGGAGAAAAGUGUAAAGUUUAACUAUUUGAAAGAAACUCUCUCGAAGGUUUGGAGGCCAAUGAAAGGGAUGGUGGCAAAGGAGAUCUCCACCAACCUUUUUAUCUUCUACUUUUUCCAUGAGAAAGACAGACGAAGAGUAAUGGAGAAUAGUCCCUGGUCUUUUGACCAAAGCUUACUUGUGCUACGCGAGCUGGAGCAUAACGAGUCACCAUACAAUAUAGAUUUGACGAAGGCAGAGUUUUGGGUCCAAAUACACAAACUACCGCAGAGACUCUCCAACCCCCAGAUGGUCGAAGCAUUGGGAUUUUUUUUCGGCGAGUUUCUCAAAACUGACCCGACUAACUUUGACGGAACGAUGACGGCUUUUGUCAGGGUUCGUGUGCGCAUGGACAUUGCUAAACCACGGAGAAGGAAUGUUAAGUUCAAACCACCAGGCGAAGAGGGCAUGGCACUUGACUGCAAAUAUGAACGUCUGCCAACGUUCUGUUUUGUGUGUGGCAGAUUAGGUCACGCGGACGGUUUCUGUCCAAUCCAGUUUGAUGCCCAGUUUGAGAUGCCCAGGGCUUACGGCCCAGAACUGAGAGCUACAGGACGCAGUGGACAGAACAGUGAUAACAAAUGGCUCUGA